AUGAAUUUGGAAACUAGAAAGGCUAUUUUUGUUUUCUGGAUUUUUCUCCAAGUUCAAGGAACCAAAGUGUGUCAGGAAGCAGUAUGGGGAGCAUCUAUCUUUCUGGAUCUCAUCUCUGACACAGGGGAACAUGAAGACUGGGUCAGCAUCUGCCAGCAGGUUUUCUACCUCUUUGAUAUUGGGAAGAAUUUCAGCAAUUUCCAAGAGCACCUGGAUCUUCUUCAGCAGAGAAUAAAACAGAGAAACUUCCCUAAUAGAAAAGACGAAAUAGCUACAAAGGAGAUACUAGAAGGGCCAGGUGAAACUGCCAUGAUUUCUAUAGAUGUUACCAAUGUCUCACUCGGGCCCUCUCCUCUCACUCCUGACAACACACUCCUCAGUGACAUCAAGAUGCCUACAAUAAUGCAAAAUGUAUUUAAGAAACUUCCAGGAUUCAAAGAAAUCCAUGUGUUAGGAUUUAGAGCAAAGAAAGAAAGAGAUGGUUUUGAAGUAGAAUAUUCUUUAAAAGCUCAUCUGGGAAGAGAAACAAAAAGUUCUACAAGUGAUCUCCUGUCUUUUGAUUCCAACACAACUGAAAGUGAAGGAGUAACUCAUGGAUUCAUAGAAGGCAAGCAACCAGAAGUCUCUUGCACAGCACUACACUUCAAAAAGUUGAUCAUCAGAGCACUAGAGGAAGACCAAUCCUUGGAUGUGGGGACUGUUAAGUUCACUGAUGGCCUGGGACAGUGGAACAGAACAGGACUCCAUCUACCUAGUGAGUUUCUCCCCAAAUGGCCUAUGUUCACUGACAGCAUCCUCUUUGAGGAGUUCAUCUAUGACACCAAGACCAGCGACAAAGUCAUCCUCAAGCCUGGGGAAGGAACUCCACCUGCUAUGGCCCCCACUGUCCUCUCAGAAACUCUGCCUUUCUUUACUUUAUUGAGUGUUUUGCCUGUGACUGAUCAAAGUGCCACAGAUAAAAUGUCCACUGACCAGACAAUGCUAAUCUCAGGACUAAACAUCCUGACUGAUGAUUAUUUUGCCAUCAGUUAGUCAGCUCCAAAAAUACCACAUUCAUCUACAGCUACAGAAGAUAGCAGGUUAAGUACAGGAAGUUAAGAUAUAGAUGGGAUGGAUCUACCUAAUACUCCUGUCUCCUCCGAGAUACCAGGACUCCGUGGGUAUGAUUCCAUUCCAGAUCCUUUCUUGGCAAACACCACUCCUGUCCCCACUUUACAGUAUGUGACCACUAGUUCUAUGACCGUGGCCUCCAAGGGCCAAGAGCUGGUGGUGCUCUUCAGUCUGCAUGUAGCUAACAUACCCUUCUCCAACAACUUGUUCUACAAGAGCUCUCUGGUGUACCAAGAUCUGGAGCUACGAUUCAUACAGCUGCUGGUUCUAUAUCUACAAUCCAAUCUUACAGGAGUUAAGCAACUUGAAAUACUCAGUUUCAGAAAUAGGAGUGUGAUUGUGAAUAACAAAGUGAGGUUUGCUAGGUUGGUGCCAUAUAACCUCACCAAGGUUGUGCAUGGUGUCUUGGAAGAUUUUUGUUCUGUGGCAGCCCAAAACUAUCUGGAAAUUGACAGCUACUCUCUCAACAUUGAACCAACUGAUCAAGCAGAUCCCUGCAAAUUCAUGGCCUGUGGUGAAUUUGCCCAGUGUGUAAAGAACGAGCAGACCAAAAAGGCAGAGUGUCACUGCAGACCUGGAGACGAAAGCCAGCAGUACCUGGACAAUCUCUGUGCUCCUGGAGAAGAAUGUGAGGUCACCCAUCGAAAGGGAGCUCCGUGCAGACAACAGCAGAUAACUGUAAGAGCGCCAAUUCCCUUUGCUUGUCAGCUCCAACAGAAAAAUAACACGCUCAAAAAUUUUACCACAAAAGAGUACUAG